AUGGGGGUCGCGGGCCGCGGCUUCCCCGGGCCCGCCCCGGCGCUGCUACAGAUCCUGCUGCUGCUGCUGCCGCUGCUGGCGGCCACCGUCCUUCCCGGCCAGGGGCCGCCAGAGGAUGUGGAUGAGUGUGCCCAGGAGCUAGAUGACUGCCAUGCUGAUGCCCUGUGCCAGAACACACCCACCUCCUACAAGUGCUCCUGCAAGCCUGGCUACCGCGGGGAAGGCAGGCAUUGCCAGGACAUUGAUGAGUGUGAAAAUGAACUCAACGGAGGCUGCGUCCAUGACUGUCUGAAUAUUCCAGGCAAUUACCGUUGCAUCUGUUUUGAUGGUUUCAUGUUGGCUCACGAUGGUCAUAACUGUCUUGAUGUGGACGAGUGCCUGGAGAACAACGGCGGCUGCCAGCACACCUGUGUCAAUGUCCUGGGCAGCUACGAAUGCCUCUGCAAGGAGGGGUUUUUCCUGAGCGACAACCAGCACACGUGCAUCCACCGCUCGGAAGAAGGCCUGAGCUGCAUGAACAAGGAUCACGGCUGUAGCCACAUCUGCAAGGAGGCCCCACGGGGCAGCGUCGCCUGCGAGUGCAGGCCUGGUUUCGAGCUGGCCAAGAACCAGAGAGACUGCGUCUUGACCUGUAACCAUGGAAAUGGCGGCUGCCAGCACUCCUGUGAAGACACAGCUGAAGGCCCUGAGUGUAGCUGUCAUCCGCAGUACCAGAUACACACAGAUGGGAAAAGCUGCAUUGAGCGAGAGGACACCGCCUUAGAGGUGAUCGAGAGCAAUGCGACAUUGGCAAUGGUGGAUGGGGACAAGAGAGUGAAACGACGGCUGCUCAUGGAAACUUGUGCUGUCAACAACGGAGGCUGUGAUCGCACCUGCAAGGACACUUCAACAGGUGUUCACUGUAGCUGUCCUGUUGGCUUCACUCUGCAGCUGGAUGGGAAGACUUGUAAAGAUAUUGAUGAGUGUCAGACCCACAACGGGGGCUGUGAUCAUUUCUGCAGAAACACCGUGGGCAGUUUCGACUGCGGCUGCAAGAAAGGGUUUAAAUUAUUAACAGAUGAGAAGUCUUGCCAAGACGUGGACGAGUGCUCUUUGGACAGGACCUGUGACCACAGCUGCAUCAACUACCCUGGCACAUUUGCUUGUGCUUGCAACCAAGGGUACACCUUGUAUGGCUUUACCCACUGUGGAGAUACCGAUGAAUGCAGCAUCAACAAUGGAGGCUGCGAGCAGGUCUGUGUGAACACACCCGGCAGCUACGAGUGCCAGUGUCACCCGGGGUACAAGCUUCACUGGAACAAGAAAGACUGUGUGGAAGUGCAGGGGCUCCUGCGCACUAGUGUAUCACCCCCAGUGUCUCUGCGUUGCACUAAGAGUGGUGGAGACAGGUGCUUCCUCCGAUGUCACUCUGGCAUUCACCUCUCUUCAGGACUGCAAGAAGCCUACUCUGUUGCCUGCGGCUCUCCCUAUCCUCUCAGGAGCAAACAACAAAAACCAAAUGACUCUGCCUUUGGGGAUGUCGCCACCAUCAGGACAAGUGUAACAUUUAAGCUAAAGGAAGGCAAGUGUAGUUUGAAAAAGGCUGAGCUGGUUCCUGAGGGUCUGCAACCGGCACUACCAGAGAAGCGCAGCUCAGUAACAGAGAGCUUCCGCUACGCAAAUCUUACAUGCCGCUCCGGCCAGCGCGUCCCGGCAGCCCGUGGCCCGCCCAACGCCCCUCAGGAAAUGUUGCUCACUGUUGAGUUUGAGCUUGACACUAGCCCACGGGAGGCCACAGUUUCCUGCCGUCUGAAUUGCUUUGUGAAGCGGACGGAGAAGCGGCUGAGGAAAGCCAUCCGCACACUCAGGAAGGCCACCCACAGGGGGCAGUUCCACCUGCAGCUCUCGGGCCUGGACUAUGACGUGACUAAAAAGUCUCCAGGAACACCUGAACCCUGGGCCGAAUCCUGUGCAGUGGGCCAGAGCCACGUGGAAAACCAGUGUGUCAGUUGCAGGGCUGGGACGUAUUACGAUGGAGCCCAAGAACGCUGCAUUUUAUGUCCAAACGGAACCUUCCAAAAUGAGGAAGGGCAGAUCACUUGUGAACCAUGUCCAAGACCAGAAAAUCUUGGGGCCCUGAAGACCCCUGCAGCUUGGAACGUAUCUGAAUGUGGAGGUCUGUGCCAGCCUGGUGAAUUCUCUUCAGAUGGCUUCGCUCCUUGCCAGCUCUGUGCCCUGGGCACGUUCCAGCCUGACACCGGCCGGACCUCCUGUAUCUCCUGUGGAGGGGGUCUCCCCACCAGACAUCCAGGAGCCACUUCCUUCCAGGACUGUGAGACCAGAGUUCAGUGUUCUCCCGGCCACUUCUACAACACCACCACUCACCGCUGUGUCCGUUGCCCAGUGGGGACAUACCAGCCUGAGUUUGGGAAAAACAGCUGUGCUUCCUGUCCGGGAAAUACAACGACUGACUUUGACGGCUCCACUAACGUCACCCAGUGUAAAAACAGAAGAUGUGGAGGGGAGCUGGGAGAUUUCACAGGGUACAUAGAGUCUCCAAACUACCCAGGCAAUUACCCUGCCAACGCUGAGUGCACAUGGACCAUCAACCCACCCCCGAAGCGCCGCAUCCUGAUUGUGGUCCCUGAGAUCUUCCUACCCAUCGAGGAUGACUGUGGAGACUACCUGGUGAUGCGGAAAACCCCCUCCUCCAAUUCCGUGACUACCUAUGAGACCUGCCAGACCUACGAGCGCCCUAUCGCCUUCACCUCCAGGUCCAAGAAGCUGUGGAUUCAGUUCAAGUCCAAUGAAGGCAACAGUGCCAGAGGGUUCCAGGUACCCUACGUGACGUAUGACGAAGACUACCAGGAGCUCAUCGAAGACAUAGUCCGGGACGGCAGGCUCUAUGCGUCGGAGAACCACCAGGAAAUCCUGAAGGAUAAGAAACUGAUCAAGGCCCUGUUUGAUGUCCUGGCCCACCCGCAGAACUAUUUCAAGUACACAGCCCAGGAGUCCCGAGAGAUGUUUCCAAGAUCUUUCAUCCGAUUGCUUCGCUCCAAAGUAUCCAGAUUUUUGAGGCCUUACAAGUGAGUCGGCCCACAUGCUAUCCAGGUGUCCGGCUGUGGGCGUGGUGGACAGAGCUGUCUGCCCCCUGCCUUGCCAGCACACACUUGAACAUUGCUGCCUCUUCUCCCAGCGACUCAUUGGAGUUUAGUCUGUAUAGAUAAUACACAUA